AAAGGUUGUAAGCACGUCGAGGUCAUGGUGACCAUUCAUCCUGGUUGUUCCUGUUCUGUCAACAACUUUUAUUUAAUUAAAAAGUCAAAAGUCAACGAUCUACCUUAAUCUUGACUUAAAAAUGAACAAGGAACUAAACAGACAGGCGAAAACUGUUUUCUUUUUGUCUUAAAACUCCUCAAAAACAUGGAGAUUCUUCAAGGUCUUGUGCUAGCUCUGAUCAUUGUUGCUUUUGACACUAGGACACAUCUAAUUCAAGCUCAGUCUGAUCCAAAAGAAUUCAUCAGCUUGGAUUGCGGUUUACACCACGCGGUAUCUCCUUAUACGGAACCAUUAACCGGGUUAACAUAUACAUCCGACGCUAACUUCACACAAGCUGGUCAAAGUGGUAGAGUCCAAAAGGUUUGGGAAGGAUCCUACAAGCCAUUCACAGUCCUAAGAUAUUUUCCAGAAGGAAUACGAAACUGCUAUAACUUGAGGGUCACUCCAUCUAAGAAAUAUCUUAUCAAAGCUCUUUUCCUCUACGGGAAUUACGAUGGUCUUAACGAUGGCCUGAUAUUCGAUCUUUAUCUCGGUCCUAACAUAUGGACAACAGUCGAUUUAAAAACCUCUAUAAGUUCAAAAACAGAGGAGAUCAUACACACCCCAAAGUCAAGCUCUUUGCAGAUUUGUCUUGUUAAAACAGGGAAGUCUACACCAAUCAUUUCAGCCUUGGAGCUAAGACCUUUAAGAGAUGACACUUACAUAACUACAAACGGUUCCUUGAAGCUCUUAAAACGCUAUUAUGCUAGCGAUUUUCUCGGUCCCUCUAUUCGGUUUCUUCAAUGUACAGUGGAGCUUGUUAUGACUCAGAGCUCAACACUUCCACCAAUGAUCAAUGCUAUGGAAGCUUAUAGGAUUAUUGAGUUCCCUGAUGAAGAAACUAAUCCAGAGGAUGGAGAAUCCUCUGGAUCUACAUUGAAAUGGGCUAGUAGAUUAAAAAUUGCUGUAGAGGCAGCACAAGGUUAA